AUGCUUCAAGGGCCAGACGAUGAGGGCGAAAAUGUCCACUUUGUUCAAGGCGAAGUGGACGGAACCGAGCAGGACGUCAAAUCAACCGGGAAUGUGUACAUCUGGACAGCUUGCUGGCCCUAUGGAGGGCGUACGCAUGGAGAGGUAGACAAAAGGAUUCCAAGAUCGGAUGCCGAGAUCGGCGUUUGGACCAGCAUAACCAGCUUUUGGGUGCUUCAUCAACGCGAUCUCUUCGCCUGCCGUGACAGUCAGGCCCGAACGGCAGCCAAGGGUCAUUAUGUUGGCCUCCUCUCUAAUCAGUCGGGCUGCACGACCCUCCGGCUUUUCGGGCAAAUUAAUCUGUCCACCUCGUGUCGAAACAAAAAUGCCCAGGGCCAGGUGACCGGACGGGAAGCCCCGGCCCUGACGGUUGCCAUGACCAAAUCGAGGGGUACAUGCGAAGAGUGGUGUUCGCGUGUGCCCGAGGCGCUGGUGGAGAUGUGUCCUGAAGUGGGGUUUGGGAUAACCGUGUUGGAAAUUCCCUGCCGUGAAUACGAGGAUUACGGAGAUUUCUUCAAUAGUGAGGUUUAG